AUGGAGAAAUCAACUUUGAUAUUCACUGGUAUCCUAUUUUUUUCAACAUGUACACCAAUUCUGGCACGAACUGGAUAUCAACCUUGCAAGAGGAACUCUGAUUGUGCUAGACUCAAAUGUCCAUCACCACUGGGACACUCCACGUGUGUGAAGGGUGGUUGUCAAUGCCCUUUUGAAGAACAUGCGGCAUUACCAGAUGAUACCAACUGUGGUGUGGCUACUUGCUUUGACUAUUGCAAGGCAAAAGGAGAAAUAUUUCAUGUUUGUCUUUUGAACCAUUGCUACUGUCGCAAACCUCCCACGUAG